AUGGGAGUUUAUCCAGAGUUUAUCGUCAGAACGCAUUUAACGUUAACGACUCACCUGUGUUUUAUCACCUGUCCAGCGACGUUACGCCACGCGCUCUCCGUCCAGAAUCUGACGCAGAUCGAGACGCCGUGGGAAGGAGUGACGCUGAACCGCUGUCUGAUCGCAACCAUAACCCUCCUCCUCCUGAGCUCCGCGUUACAGAGAAUACACGAAGCCGUCAGAGGCCGCAGAGACGUCAGUGAAGAGCUCACAGCACUAAACGAGAGACAUACUCUGAUUCAAAGAGGAAAAAUAACACCACAUGAGCCAGACACAUCCUUAUGGGAAAAGUUUUUCUGGUGGAUUGAUGCUGAUGAAGGCAAAUCUAAGAGAGCGACUGGCGGGAAGAUUUCCAGGGGCCUCCGGCACCGGGCCCUUACAGACCUCAGGCUCCUGAAGAAAAGAGACACAGAGUUCACCGAGCGCAGAAGAAGAGGAAGACACGGAGAAGAUGAGACUGAAGAGAAAGAGAUGAAAGUCAAGAAGGCCAAGGAAGUGGAAGAAGAGGAAAAAGACAUAGAGAAGAUGAAGAAACAGAAGAAAGAGAGCAAAAAAACACUUAAGAAGAAAGAAAACCAGUGAUAUGCCAAUGCAUAAAGAAAAUAGGGCUGAAGACUUAUGUGCUUAAAUUAUCAUGAAAAUAAUGCUAAAUAAUCUUAAUGGUCCUAAAAUGAUUCAUUUUCUUUAGCAUGUUUUCUUUUGAUUACAGGGUGAAAUAUUCAGUUGAUGAUCAUGUGCAUAAUUUGGUGCUAUUUUUUUUCCGUGUCAAUGCAAGUUUAUUUAAAACAGUAGUUAAGUGACAUUAUAAAGUAAUGCAAUGCAAAAGUAAAGCUUUUUAAAAAAUGUAACUAUGUUUCGUGAGUUUUUUUGAGUUAUUUUUAAAGUUGCUUAAUGAAAUAGUUAUCCUAAAAAUGUAUAUUAG